GUCACUUAUCCUUUUAAAGUCUCUUACAAAACGGCAAACAAAUACUUUGGCCUCUACUGAGAAUUGAGAAGUUAUCAUAUCAUCAAGCAAAGAGGAACCUUAUCUCUCAAGAGCUCUCUCUCUCUCUCUCUCUCUGUGUUUUUUAAUGAACUAAAAUGACAAUGAUCUCAUGCUCCUCCUUCUCUUUCGAACAUAAUCUCUACGAGACAAUGUCUUGUCUCCAGAGAUGCUCAAAGCAAGAUGAACUUAAGCAAAUCCACGCUCGCAUGCUGAAAACUGGAUUGAUGCAGCAUUCUUACGCAGUGACAAAGUUUCUUUCUUUCUGUGUUUCCUCGACUUCUUCUGAUUUUUUGCCUUAUGCCCAAAUUGUGUUUGACGGUUUUGAUCGACCUGAUACUUUCUUGUGGAACCUCAUGAUCAAAGGAUUCUCGUGCUCCGACGAACCUAAGACGUCUCUUCUCCUGUAUCAUCGAAUGCUCUGUUGCUCAGCUCCUCAUAACGCGUAUACUUUCCCGUCUCUUCUCAAAGCUUGUUCGAAUCUAUCUGCAUUUCAAGAAACAACACAAAUUCACGCACAGAUCACAAAACUUGGAUAUGAAAACGACGUCUAUGCAGUGAAUUCUCUUAUCAAUUCAUAUGCUGUGACCGGUAACUUCGAGCUAGCUCACCUUCUCUUUGAUAGGAUGUCCAAACCCGAUGCUGUCUCGUGGAACUCUGUGAUCAAAGGUUACGUAAAAGCUGGAAAAAUGGAUAUUGCAUUAACGUUAUUCCAGAAAAUGGCAGAAAAGAAUGCUAUAUCAUGGACUACGAUGAUCUCUGGGUAUGUUGAAGCAGGCAUGAACAACGAAGCUCUGCAAUUAUUUCAUGAGAUGCAGAAUUCAGAUGUUGAGCCUGAUAAUGUUUCCCUCGCUAAUGCUCUCUCAGCUUGUGCUCAGCUCGGGGCACUCGAGCAAGGGAAGUGGAUUCAUUCCUAUCUUAAUAAAGAAAGAAUCAGAAUUGAUUCAGUCUUGGGUUGUGUUCUUAUAGAUAUGUAUGCAAAGUGUGGCGAAAUGGAAGAAGCUUUGGGAGUUUUCAAUAAUAUUAAGAUAAAAUCAGUGCAAGCAUGGACAGCUUUGAUUUCCGGCUAUGCAUACCAUGGCCAUGGAAGAGAAGCAAUUAGCAAAUUCAUGGAGAUGCAAAAGAUGGGAGUAAAGCCAAAUGUGAUUACCUUCACUGCGGUUCUCACGGCCUGCGGCUACACAGGACUAGUUGAAGAAGGAAAGUUGAUUUUCUACAGCAUGGAGAGAGACUACAACCUUAAACCAACCAUCGAGCAUUAUGGCUGUAUUGUUGAUUUACUCGGUCGAGCUGGAUUUCUCGAUGAAGCAAAAUGUUUCAUUCAAGACAUGCCUUUGAAGCCAAAUGCUGUGAUAUGGGGUGCGUUGCUCAAAGCCUGUCGGAUGCACAAAAACAUCGAACUAGGAGAGGAAAUUGGAGAUAUCUUAAUUGCAAUGGAUCCAUUUCAUGGUGGGAGAUAUGUUCAUAAAGCAAAUAUUCAUGCUUUGGCCAAACAGUGGGACAAAGCAGCUGAAACAAGAAGAUUGAUGAAAGAACAAGGUGUUGCGAAAGUUCCAGGAUGUAGUACAAUUAGCUUCGAAGGGACCACACACGAGUUUUUAGCGGGAGACCGAUCACACCCAGAGAUUAAGAAAAUUCAAUCGAAAUGGAGUAUCGUGAGAAGGAAACUUGAGGAACACGGGUACGUACCAGAGUUAGAGGAUAUGCUGCUUGAUCUAGUUGAUGUUGAUGAGCGAGAAGCUAUUGUGCAUCAGCACAGCGAAAAAUUGGCUAUAACAUACGGGUUACUCAAGACUAAACCGGGAACCGUUAUACGUAUAAUGAAGAAUCUCCGAGUAUGCAAAGAUUGUCACAGAGUAACAAAACUUAUCUCUAAGAUAUACAAGAGAGAUAUCGUAAUGAGAGAUAGGACAAGGUUCCAUCAUUUCAGAAAUGGUAAAUGCAGUUGUGGUGACUACUGGUGAAAUUUGGAGAGGAAUGAAAACU